AUGGCAUACAAAAGCAUGAAAGAGGGUAUAGAGGCCAUAUCCAGCUUUAACAGAAGAGCUCCAAUGGUUGAAUUUCAGGAAUAUGGUAGAGUAGCAUCCAUGAGGUUGAACUUUUUGGCUUCACAAGGGAGGAGGGUAGAGCAAUUUACUCUGGGGAUGUUGAAAAUGCAAAUACCAAAGAAAUUUGGGAUAAAGGAUCUGGACACAAGAUUAUCUGUUGGAGUUGAGGUUGGAAUGUCUGGUUAUGGUAUCUUUGUUAUAUCUGUUGAAGAAGACAUGUGUGCGAUACUUUCUGUUGCCAAAUUCAUUGCUGUUGUGUUCUUGGGUUUGUCUUCAAGAGUAGAUGAAGAUACAGUAGGAAGGAGCCUACAAGAUACUCAGAAACUUAUAUUAUUUCUAGGAAAAGGCUUUUUGUCGUUUGAGAAAACUGGAGUUCAUCUUGCAGAUUGUUUAACACAGGAAAUUGAGAAUGAGUAUGGGCCAAAAAGCAAGGCAUACGGUGUAGCUGGUUAUGUCUACAUGACUUGGGCUGGAAAAAUGGCUACUGAAUUGGAUACUGAGGUCCCAUGGCUUAUGUGCAAGGAGGACGAUGCCCCAAAUCCUGUGGAAUUUGUCAACACAGAGCUGUAUGCAUGUGCAUCUGUUGCUGUACUGUAA